CCAAUAUGUUGUUGAUUGAUUUAAUUUUUUUCAUUUGGCUUAAGUGUAGAUAGCUUCUUUUUCUAUGUUCUUUAAUUUCGUCCAAAGUUGACCGUUCCAUUUUCUGGUGUUUUUAUGAGCUUUACCCUAGUGGCUUGAUUGGGCAUAAAUUUUGGAUUGUAGGCUGCUGCUUCUGCCAAUCUUAUAGUUGGGACCCAUGUUUGGUUGGAGGAUUCUGAUGUAGCUUGGAUAGAUGGCGAGGUCUUGGAGAUUAAUGGAGAACAAAUCAAAGUCCUUUACACUUCCGGGAAGACGGUUGUUGUUAAAGCCUCCAGUAUUUAUCAUAAAGAUAGCAAAGUUCCACCGUGUGGAGUGGAUGAUAUGACAAAGCUCGCGUACCUGCACGGACCCGGAGUCCUAAGUAAUCUGAGAUCAAGAUACGAAAUCAAUGAAAUUUAUACUUACACUAGGAAUAUAUUGAUUGCUGUGAACCCGUUCAUAAAGCUUCCUCAUUUAUAUGAUAGCCAUAUGAUGGCACAAUACAGAGGAGCAGCAUUUGGUGAGUUAAGUCCACAUCCCUUCGCUAUUGCCGAUGCAGCAUAUAGGCUCAUGAUAAAUGAUGGAAUCAGCCCGUCAAUAUUGGUAAGUGGUGAAACCGUGAAAGUGGUGCUGGUAAAACAGAAAGUAUUAAGUUACUCAUGCGAUAUCUUGCUUACAUGGGAGGGAGAGCGGCUGUUGCUGAAGGUAGAACUGUCGAGCACACUUUCAUUGAGUAUUUUAUAAGCUUAGAUUCAUACAGUAGGAAAUAACUAAGUGUAUUAAUUAUUUGAAGACUUUCAUUAUUUUAUACAGUAUUUUAUAAGCUUAGAUUCAUACAGUACUUUAUAAGCUUAGAUUCAUCGAGCACACUUUCAUUGAGUAUUAAUUAUUUGAAGACUUAAUCACUAAGUGUAAAAAAAUUCUAACAUCAAAACAGUAGGAAAUCAUUAUGUUGCCCUAGAUUCAUACACGAGUGAUGCACUUUUGGAUUCCUACGUAGUAAAUCAACGUGAAACUAAGGUUAUAAUAUAUAUUUCUAGUUUGUUUUAGUAUAAUUACAUAACUAAAACCUCCAGCUAGUUUAAGAUUUGAG